AUGAAGAGGUCGUCCUCUAGGAUCCUGUCGCCGGUGGAUGCUGCCCCGCAACGCAGCGUCCCUCCACUCCCGAGCAUCCUCCGACAUCGACGCUUUCGCCGACGAGACCCGAAGUGCGACGGAAAAGGCGCGCUAUACCAGCGUCUCGCCACGGGGCGGGCCAGGCGGAGCUGCGGCUGCGCACUUGUCAGCCAAGGGCGUCCCUCCUCCUGGCAGCCACGCGGCAGCGACGGGAAGCAGCGGUGCGCCGAGCGUCAACAACGCGUCGAGACCACGCGCCCCUACCUGACGCCGGCGGGAAUAAAGGCCGAGUCGAGACUAAAAGGCUACGCGUUACCUCGCCGGGCUACAUCGUACAGAAUAGCAACGGUGAGACUGCAAUGGCAUUAUUCAGUCAGCUGUGGGCGGGCCGUUCGCGGUUCGUCUGCUACCGCCCGUCGUCUGCGUGUUGGCAACUUGGUCGUGCCCGCGCGUUCGUGCUUUUACAAGAGGAGCCGUAAAGGUAGCGACGACUACGAGCGGCCGCAGCCCGAGGUCGACUACCGAACGCUGUUCCGGAAUGGCUACAAGUUGCUGAAAGAAGACGCGCGCCAGUUCAGCGACGAGGUGGUCGAGGCGCUGCGCGGCGACUGCGCAAUUUACGAGCACGGCGACUGCGAAGUCUUCUGGAAGUUCGACGCCAAGACCAUCGACCAGUGGACGGUGACCGCCGACAGGGACAACGACGAGGGCUUCUCGCGGGCCGCGUUCACGUUGGGGCCCGCCGGCGCCGGCGUCUUCUCGGGCUACCUCGACACGCGCGUGCCGAAGGACGGCAAGGUGGUCCAGACCGGCUACUGCAACGUCCGCUCGCCCCGGGCGAGGCGGCCGUUCGGCAUGCCCGCCGCCUACGAGUGGUCGGCGUUCACGCACCUCGAGCUGCGCGUUCGCGGCGACGGGCGCACCUACAUGCUCAACCUGGGCGCCGACCAGUACUUCGACGUGACGUGGAACGUGCUCUACCAGUUCCCGCUGUACACUCGCGGCGGGCCUUACUGGCAGCUGGCGCGCGUGCCCUUCUCCAAGUUCUUUCUGAGCAACAAGGGCCGCGUGCAGGACAAGCAGGGCGCCGUCGACCUGACCGCCGUCAAGCACCUGAGCAUCACGCUGGCCGACGGCAUUGCGGGCCCCUUCCGGCUCGAGAUCGACCACGUAGGCGGCUACGUGGACGGCUCGCACAGCGAGGAGUUCGCCUACGAGAUGUACGAGGUGCCUCUGGGCUACGGGCUCGGCGGCUCAUGACCGCGCGAAGCGAACACGCGUGUUUUAGGACGGCAGUACGCGGCUAGCUCAACUUAUGCGUUCGGUUCGUGCACGGCCACCUGUGCCAAAGAGUCUGUGUCCUGUGUGGAAAGUGGCAAUACAUGCGAGUCCGUUCCGUCAACGUUCUGCAGCUUCGGACCGAUUCGAAGACAUUGGGUAGUGCAUAGAAAGAUUGGAGAUCAUGCAAGUAAACGCCCUUUAAGUGCACAAAUUUUGGUAUUUCCCAGUUUGAAUUACCUUCUUAAAGUUCAUUGGCACAGUGAGAAUAUAAAAGGCUUCCCAUGAUGCACAUCUCUCGAGUAGAGGAUGGCCAACUCUCGAGUGGGCAGAGGGGGGAGCGGCUGGCGACCCUGUCAUUGCUGCCAAUGUGUACGUGCAACAAAGUUGAACACCAUGUUGCAAUUUACAACAAAAUAUAGUACAGAUAGAGCUACUGUCAACGAUUGGGGCAUACAACAAAACUAGAAUGACAAAAAUGAAACCACCGAUAUGUCCAUAACAAUGCGACAAAGCCCAAAAAAAGAAUGUGCAGACGGCAUCAUAAAAAAAAAAUUCAUUAUAUCAGGCAUUAAAACAAAAUUUGGUCUAUUGUUCAAGAGUCGGGCCAUUCAAUCUAAAGUUGGGAUGGUUGGCAAUACUACCCUGGGCACCCUUUAGUAUGGGAUAAGGGACACUCACUUGCUGUUUUCUGUCUUUUACUUCAAGCUACCAUUAUAAGCUAAAAAUGUGUUUCCAGGGCCAAACAGUAGCAAGGAAAGGGCACACUGCCUCAAGGUCAGACACGAGUAUAAAAACACCUUUGUGCAGUCUCUUGCUAUCUACAGUAAAAAAAUUACGUAUAAAGCCAACAGACAGUGAAGACAAGGAAAGCAUAAGGAAAAUUAAUUAUGUUCUUUAAGAUAAAAGUGGAAAUGAAUGUGGAGACAUCUUCCGCAUUGCGUGUGCAACAUAGGCACAAUAGGUGGAUGCCGUUCAUUCUCACAUUUCGUGUUCAUUCACACUUGCCAGCACUCGCCGUCAUUCCUUGCCGUAGCUGCCAGCGUCCAGUCACCGAAUAAGUGCGGAGCAUUAAAGGGACGCUAAAGGCAAAUAUUAAGUCAAGCUAAAGUGGCAGAUUAAUGCUCGACAAUGUCUAAGGCUUCAAUAUUAUCGCGAAUGAGGCUUUAGUAAUUAAGGUACAUGCAGGACAUGAUUUGCAACUCGCCGGGGACAUUCAACUACUACCCCAAUGACGUAGGCACUUGUUAUUAUAAUUGUCACUACUACUCUACCACUUGUUUAAAUAGAUUAUUGUAUUGCAUUAUAAGUUGGAAGAGAAUGCUACUUGUCCCAUUCUGUUCCAUAUUUAGAAAAAUUAAUGCGUUGGCAUUAACACAGACAAAGGUUUAAUUUAUGCUUGAUUCUGCACCGGCCGUGCUUUCGCUUUUCAGUAGUUUAAUUAUCCCGUAGUGCUGCACUGGUGUUGCUGGCACGCGAAACGCACACAAACUGCAAGUAGCAGAGAAUUCCAUUUGAUGUCACGGGAUGCCCGGGCAGUCCAUGCCACUUGACCAAAAGCAGCGGCAAAUCCAAUGCUCUGUCCUGGCUUUCCAUGGCCGCGUAUUUGGGUGUUGCGCCAAAAAACCAUAGUGCCAUAUGUUGGCCGCCAUUUUAGUCGCUGUCCGCACUAAAAUGCGAUGAUGCCGUAUGCAACGUCACUACUCCCCGCUCGGGGGCAGGCGAUUUUAAUUGCGCAAAAGAUAUGCGUGGACCCUUCAGAUGCGAUUUUCUCUUAAACUAAGUCUUUUCUUGGCACGUUUCUGGAAUGGUAUUUUAACAGUCCACGUUGACUUAAUAUUUGCCUUUAGUAUCCCUUUAGCACAAUAGAAUGUGUUGCUUGGCUAGUUGGUUCAUACUUGCAGGUUUAACAAGCCUUGGAUGGUACAAAAGAAGGUAGAUGCAAGUUAUCUUGUGUCUACUGCAUCUAAGCUCAUGAGUAUGCCAGCCUGUAGUGUGUGGUGCAUGGUGAUGACUGGUCUUUCGGCCACUUCCUUGGGUGUUUGCAGACCAGAUCUGACCCUGAGAAUCUGUUAGCCAGUGCCACUCAAGGCCAUGGCAGCAGGUGCGGCAGAAUACAUCAACUUAGGAGCAGGCCGACUCGCCAAUCAACCCGCAUAUGCACCUGAAGGCAUCAUAGUGCCAAGACCUUUGCUAUGCAAUGAACGAGAAGAAAAGGAACCGAUGGGCCCGGUUUUUGUUAGUUACAACAAUAUGGUGCCAACAAAGAAAGCAUAGAGGAAAGUAUUUAUUAUUAGUGCAGAAAUGAAAAACCUUGGCUUCAAACAUGGUAAAUCUUUAAACAUGCAGUCAUUUACCUUCUUCCUGAGUGCACUUGUUGGUGAGCUUUCUGAUUUCAACUUUUUUACAGCUUGUCCCGAAACUGACAAGCUUUUCCAGUCAUUCUAAUAACAUGCCGAAGCAAGAUGGGAUAGUUAGGACUAAUUUUAAAUGUGUUCAAUGUUUCCUGUAUAUACGUGAUGUUUUCUUCAUAAAAUCAGUUAAAAGCCAUGGCCGUACUAUCAUUUCAAUGCAUUAGCAUUCUUAGGGUACUUAACACACUUUCCGGAGGCUAUGUAUUCAGUUGUAUUUAUUUCGCCAUCACAUGAAUACAUGGUAGCCGAGGUAUCUGUCUACGAUUGUACCUAACCAUUUUCCCACCUAUUUUGGUCACUGUGUAGUUGAAUGAGUAGUGCAUCGGGAUGCCGUGCUGAGGUAACGGGGUUGAAAUCCAACCGUCGGACGAACUUGGGUCACCGAGUACCAUGGCAGUGCACUCUUCAGUGAACCACUGUUGAUUUUUGACUCGCUGGUACCCCCUUUUUUGUCACUGUAGAUGGAGCACAGGGUAUGCGUCACUCAGGCCUCUGGGUAUGUGCUGCUCUUCAAGGAAUAUCUUGGGUAACUAGGUGUGUGCCAAUGGGAAUGCUACAAUGAAAAGGAAUCCUUAAAUUUCUCUGAUGCUGUGUGGAAUUGAGCCCACGUCACAUGGACAGCAACAUGACGCACUGGGCAUGUGCUGCUUUUCAGUGAGUGCCUUCCACGCCAACGCUUUAGUGAGCUGCACCGUGAACACACGGGUUAAGUGCCGCUCUUCAAUGAACACCUUGGGUCACCGAGUAUAUGGCAGGUGAGGAAUAACCGAUGCGCGCCACGCUUCUUCUCAUCACAGAGACCAUGCGCGGACUUCUCAGCAAGGCCACUAGGUGGCGCAGCUUGUCCAGAAAGGUU